UAGGUGAUUUAGCGCCGCCAGUCUGAAGCAGGUGUUCAACAUGGCGAGCUCGGGGAGCGGAUCUCUCUCUAUUCCACUCUUCAUCUGCCUGGUUUCAGCGGCCGUUCUGCCUAAAGGAGCUACCCAGACCAUAACAGCACAGGGUCAAAACCUGGUGACGGGAAACGUCUCGGUGAUUGAGGGUGAGACGGCAACCAUCAGCUGCCGGGUGAAGAACAACGACGACUCGGUCAUCCAGCUCCUCAACCCCAACAGACAGACCAUCUACUUCAGAGACGUCAGGCCCCUGAAGGACAGCCGGUUUCAGCUGGUUAACUUCUCCGACAACGAGCUGCGCGUGUCGCUGUCCAACGUGACACUGUCGGACGAGGGACGGUACGUGUGCCAGCUCUACACGGACCCCCCGCAGGAGGCCUACGCAGACAUCACCGUCCUGGUUCCGCCAGGCAACCCAAUCAUCGAGUCCCGCGAGGACGUGGUGAGCGAGGGGAAUGAGACGGAGAUAACCUGCACCGCCAUGGGCAGCAAGCCUGCCUCCACCAUCACGUGGAUGAAAGGAGACCAAAUUCUACAAGGCGAGGAGACGGUUGAGGAGACGUACGACAGGAUGUUCACCGUCACCAGCCAGCUCAGGCUCACCGUCUCCAAGGAGGACGAUGGAGUGGCCGUCAUCUGCAUCAUUGACCACCCGGCCGUGAAGGACUUCCAAGCACAGAAAUACCUGGAAGUGCAAUAUAAACCAGAGGUGAAGAUUGUGGUGGGGUUUCCAGAGGGUCCAACGAGGGAAGGGGAGAACCUGGAGCUGACGUGCAAAGCCAAGGGCAAACCACAGCCUCAUCAAAUUUACUGGUUCAAAGUGGAUGAUGAUGUUCCCUCCCACGCGGUGAUUACAGGCUCUGAUCUGUUCAUCGAGAACCUCAACAAGUCCUACAAUGGAACGUACCGCUGCGUGGCCUCCAACUUAGUUGGGGAAGCCUACGACGACUACAUCCUCUAUGUGUACGAUGUUCUCGCCACAACCCCCCCACCCACUACUACCACCAUCAACCCUGAUGCUGCCCAAGAUUCGAGAGCGGACGGAGGGCCACAGAAAAUCGAUCACGCAGUCAUCGGUGGGGUUGUUGCCGUGGUCGUGUUCGCCAUGCUCUGUCUGCUCAUCAUUCUGGGCCGCUACUUCGCCAGACACAAAGGCACCUACUUCACUCAUGAAGCUAAGGGAGCGGAGGACGCAGCGGAUGCAGACACGGCCAUCAUCAACGCCGAGGGCGGACACAACAACACAGACGACAAGAAGGAGUACUAUAUCUAACUCUGACUAGAGCCACUAGCACCCCCACCCCCCGCCGGACCAGGAGCCUGAGGGGUCCUGCUGAGUUUGGGAGGGAGGGGGUUGUGAGGGGGGCUUGGGUCAGGUCAGGCUGGUUUUUGGAUUGGGGAGUCGACCCUGCGCAGCAGAAGAGGAGAGGAGAGCGUAGCCAUCGAGACUGAAGAGGUGUAGGAUGGAGGAGCAUGAAGGAGAGCUCACUUUUAGAGAAGCUUCGCCAUCCAACACCUCCUAACACCUCCUGCUGGUGCCAGUUUUGUUCCGUUUUUUUGACAUUUUUGCGAAAAAAAAAGAAAUUUUGUGCCUUGUUCUAUUUAUUUCGAUGGAAAACACCUACUUUCUCAUUCCUGCACCCACGAGUUGCAUACUGCUGGCUCCCUUCACACAGCAGGCCCCAUCGUCGCUGUGCUUUUUUGACGCCCGCACGCCAAGCACACACUCCAGCAUUCACAUGCUUUCCUGCCAGCGGAGUGGAACACACACCACACACACUAGUCCAAAACAUGAGAUUCAGUCUCGGAAGAACUGUUUAGGUCUCUUUAAUGGCUUGUUUCCGAGUGAUUUAUCGCCUAUCGGCUCUCAUCAUUUCCCUACCCCCCCUCCACCCCCACCCCCCAGAUAUUAAAGCUUAAAAAGUGGAUAACAUUGUGACAAACCUGAGCUGAAAACCAUUACAGUUCUCCUGUGUUGUUGCAUUAUUUAAUAGCUUUUCUGUACGUGCAAAUAAUCUGCUCGUGUUAGUAUUCAUUCAUUUGCGCUGUGCCGUAAAUGCCCACCUAGCGGUUUAAUGAUAAUUGCAUCCGUGCAUUAAAAAUGAAUGCCAAAGCAAAUACAUUAAACUGGCCCCGGUUCAAAUGGAUAGAGAAACGCUCUAAUGCCAGCAAGCCUCCCUCAUAUCAUAAAACAGACAUGCUCCAGACUAUAAAGUAGCUCGUGUUCUAUUUCUGUUCUCAGAAGACGGCAUCAGGUGUAGUCCUCAAGGCUGGCAAGCUGCCACCAGCUGUACUAGCAGUUUGGGCUUAUGCGCUUACACGUACUCACCACGAUACAGUAACAUAUGAGACGUUGAAAUUCAAACAGAUUCAGCCAGUACGUUCUGAGCCAUUUGACGUGGUGCGCCCUCCUACCAGCGCAAUUUGUUUAAACCCUACUUCUGUAUUCUCUAACUCUCUACAGCUGGCAUCCUACAUAGAUGCCUGACUCGAUGUUGUGUUCAUGUAAUUCUGUGGGGGCCUUAUAUAUUCUCUCUUAUUCUUUUGAUUUUUUUUUUCCCUCAUUAAACGUCCUAGGGGGCUGGAAUAGGAUGGAACACACGACGAAUAGUGUAGAAUUCAUAAAGUGACAUACAGUACAGUAUUUGAGAAGUCUGAAUAUAUUGUUGACUUUAAAAUUCUCAUGGCUGCACAUUGUUUUUUUUUGGUCAUAGAGUUUACAUGACUUGUGAAAUAUAGAAUGCUACUACUUUUUUUUAAUUUUCAUUUUUAUUGUAUGAUGUCAUCUGGCCAAGACUAUUUAACAGGAUUUUAAACCUGGGAACUAUUAUUAUAAUUUGAAAAAAAUGAAAAAAAUGCUAAUAUAUGAUGAUAUAUUUAUGCUAGUCUCAUAGUUAGCCAGCGUCACUCUCUGUUCAUUUAUCUUGCUUUUACUAUUUUUCCGUUGUUAUCGUUUGUUGUACAGUGUUUUUUCGGGUUUAAUUAGGCAUCUGUGGGCUUUUUCAACACACGAUGCCUUGAAUUUCAAACAACUUGCCUGCAUUGCUGAAGGAAUUAAGAGCUGAAUGGAAAAAAAGGCUUUCUAACAUCUUGUCAUCAAACACUGAGGGCUACAGGACAUAAGAACGCAACUGUCAUAGCUUCUGUGCUUAUAUAAUGAAGACUACCACAUAAAUGACAGUGAAGGAUGGCUAUGAGGAACACUCAGUUGGUCUAAUAUGUUAAUAUCGCUCAUGUUUUCCAUCGAAUUCGUUAAUGUUUCUUGACCUAUUACUGAAUCUGAGAAUAUGUCAGAUUCAUCCAGCCGCCCACUGCAUUUCGUCGCUGUUGUAUCUCUGAAACUGUAACUUUAUAGGAGAAGGGGGAAAAAAUCAUUCUAAACUGAAUGUAUGUUAACGCAACAAAAUUUUAUUCUAAGAAUUUUUUCACCCUUUUUAUUGGUCCAUUCCCUGUGAAAUGUUCAUAUAAUGUAAAGGGCAACUGCCGUUUCAAUUGGUGCAAAGCAAUGAUAAAACUGAAAAAAAGGGAGUCACAAACUUUCAAAAUGACUGCAACGACUUGUCUUGUUCGCAGCCCCCAUGAUAAUUGAUAAACAUUCUAUAAUAGGCAGCAUUUCCCAGUUAUUUAAUGAUUAAUUUUCUCUUGUCUCAGGUCUACAGGUCUGUGUCUACAAAUCCAUUUUAUUGCAUCUCAGGUAGAAGACAAACAUUAGGCCCCAUAGCAUAAGAAAAAAAACACGAAUCAGUUUUACUAUCCUUUUACCAUCCAGCGUGAGGUAUUUUCCAUUCAGUAAUUUCAAUCAGUACUUCAAAUGCAGUGCACUGUUUUAAAUGUUAAUACUUUGUAUAGUUAGGUCACAGCAAAUGAUAACAGGCUUGUGAAAAAAGUGACUUGGAGUUCCACCUUCACGAUUCACUAUUACGUUUUUAGACCACCUUUUGCGUCACCCAGAGUGAGUUGGUGUUCAUCGUUCAAAUAGAUUUUCUGUCCGAUAUUUUGUCUCAUCUCUGUAGUUUGUAUUUCUGUGUAAUGAGAGAUAUCUACACGUUUCCAUCUACAAUUUGUAUUUGAUCAUGAAAGUACAUUUUUAAAGAAAUGGAGCAGUACUUGUCUUAAUAAAAAAAAAUAUA